AUGAAGAUUUGGAACACACCACAUCUAGUCUUUUUAAGCACUAUUAUUUUCUUGUUGAUCUCCUCAGUUCUGUCAAAUGUGAGACUACGUGGAGUUUACCGCACCGGCGGAGACCGCACAGCUCGAUGUGAUGCAAUUCUUAAAACUGGCAGGUACCUUGAUGAGCCGUCAUUUGGUCCGAAACAAUGGCAGCCGGAUGGAUGCGCUUUACACAAGUACUAUCAGCAUUCGUCGGGGAACCCUUUAAAUCCCUGCUUACUACCUGGAGAUGAAAUAAUAGUUCUUGGCGAUUUAAGUGGUCGCCAAAUCUUUGACGGGCUAGCCAAUACUCUUGAACAAAAAGAUUCAAAUGAAAUUCAAUCUCAAGAUCGCCUGACAACUGUACGAAGCAAUAUCACUGUGACUUUCUUGUGGUCACCAUACUUUAAUGACUCAAGCAUUUCAGUCAUCAAAGAUAUAUCUGAAAAAGGCGUAGAAUCAGAAUACAAAAAAGAUGCAAAAUCACUUGUGCAUCCAAAUGAUUCAACUCCACCGCGUACAUUUUUAAUUCUUGCAGGUGGAUCUUUGUUUGCACAAAACAUGGGACAAGAAGGGGUAUCAAUGUAUUCAAAUAACCUCAAUGCCCUUUUUGAUAUUAUUCGUGCAGCCAAGCCUGGUGCAAUUGAACCGGCAUAUUUUGCACCAAUUGUAAUGCCAUACUAUUCACUCAGCCCUAAUUUAAAUGACCCAGCAUCUGUGGGUUCUAUGGUAUCUGCGGUAGAUGAUAUUUUUGGUUACCGACGAAGAUCAGAUGUUUCUCGAGGAUCUGGUGGAAUUCUUUUUAGCACACUUGAUUCAUCUAAGCCAGCAAUAUACUAUGCGCCAGUUAUUCAAAAUCUUGGAGGCGAAAAUCAUCCAGGCCAUAGUGAUGCUUCCACUGGAAUGUACCUGUCGUCAACAGCUCGUUAUAUUGCGUCCAAUAUAUUUUUGAACCACAUGUGCAACCGUGAAGUAGCUCCAGCACAUUGGGGGAAUGAAAAAGAGCAUGGUACGGAGUCCUUUUCUGGGACCUGCUGUGUGGAAUAUACAGGAGGAUCAGGGUGGAUUGUUAUAGGGGGGUUGCUACUAGUUGUAGUCACUGUUUAUGUUUUAUUUAAGAUUCACAGGGUGAAUUUAGCUAUAAAAAUAUUACCGAUUCUUGUGGCUAUUUUAUAUGUUCAUGUUGCUGAGCGAACACCAGCUUUAAGUACACAAAUGCUUUAUUUUGAUGCACGCAACAUGGUUAUUUUUAUACAAAUUGGGAUUUUCUUAGCCUUUUUUUAUAGAAAGGUGGAUGAGCCAUUGAUAUUGAAGAAUUUUGCAUUAAGCGAGACUUUCAUUUCAGAGUUUAAAGGAAUUUGCGUUGCACUACUUAUUCUGAUUGAGUUUACAGGCUAUGACUUUCAACUGAAAAGUUUCAAUGGUACCAUUUGUGCUGAACUGCUUAAAAGUAGCUGGCUGCUUCUUGAGGUCUAUCAGUAUACUUUACAACUUGCUGCUAAAAAAGAGUUUUUAUGUGGUUCAGUCGGUAAGUUCAUUGGGCUUAAGAUUUUGCGUCUUCUUGUGCUGCCUACGCUUACAGCACUGGUUCUUAUUUCCCCAGACCGAUUAAACCCUCAGUUUUAUGUUGAACCUUUAGUAAUCAGGCUAUUAUUUUGGCAUUUAUUUGUGACAGUUGCUCUCCUGAUAACUCAGAUUUUAUCAACUCAACUUCAUUUCUUGCAGCAGCAGCAGCAGCAAGUUCACAGAUUAGGUCUGGCUAUUUUAGCACUCUUGGGGCUUCUUACGUAUUUAUUUUUCCUUCCCAAGAAUCAAUCUGGGGAUUACUGGCUCAUUUGUGCCAGUGUUGCUGCAGCUUGGUCCAGUCAAUUCGCCAACACUAUUCAAAGCACUACUACUAGUGUUUCUACUAGUGCUGACACUAGUAUUAGUGCUGGCGUUACUACUAUUGUUUCAAGACGAUUUGCACUAUUAGGAGGCACUUGUUUGGCUAUGGUAUUUAAUGCCGCAUAUAUACUUGUGCCUGUUUAUAUUCCUGAGCUCAUAGGGUCUCAAGUGAAUCAUUCAAUUCUUGAGUGUAAUGGAGCUGCUUACUCCGAGGCAAUUCGACAUCGUGGGGAAGCCUAUACCCCACAAAUUCACUUUUUACUAAGUUCUGUUUUUGUUAUUUCGUGGGUCUUGCUGCGGGCAGGAUUAGGUCCACAGACAUAUUUAGGUAGUUGGAUUUUGAUGCUUGGGUCUUGUGCCUAUGAAGCUGUUGUUCUUCGCAUGCACAUUGCGCUGACUGGUGCAGGCACAGUUGCAUUAUGGGUAGUUCCUUGGGGAACAGGUCAUGUUAUUUCUGGGUUACUGGAGCGAGCGCUACAAAAAGUUUCAGCCGAUGCUCCAUACCACUUGUUUGAGUAUCCCGGGAGACUGUGGUACGAAACGAGUCAGGUAGUUAAUGGGCUUGUUGUAUUUGGCAUUUUUGGUGUAAUUGCUUAUGAGUCAAGCCGAAUGUGGAGAGAGGAGGAGGAAUUUGAUGAGGGGAAAAAGAAGGAAAAGAAAGUUUUUGGUGAUAAAAUAGAAGGUUUAGGAGUAUAA